AUGCCCGUCGGUCCCCGAGUCUCCAAAGAAGAAUUCAUGCACGCACUGGGUCUAAAUCCCCACGACCCCCACCAUGAACAAUACUACCGCGCUAUGCGAGACGAAGCAAUCAUGGUCUACAACCGCAUGAACCAGGAUACCUCUAACCUCCUCGACAACGUGCGCGCAGACCCCGCAACCCGCCCGCCAUUCUUCUGGCACCACAUCCGGCCAGACUGCCAGCGCUGGGCGAUCCAGGAGAUCUGGCGGAAUGCGGCGCCUCUCACGCGCGGGCUAUUCGACCGUGGCGCGACGAAUGGGGAGUAUGGGCCGAAUUGGGUGGCAGGGUGGUUGUUGUAUAGUGUCUUCCGGUCGAGGGAUGUGAGGAAUAAUCGGAAUCGGAGGAAGGGGGAGGCAGGGGCGUCGGCUCCAGAGGGUGAUAAACAAAGGAAAGAGGAGACGGCGCCGAAGAAGGGAUAUUAUGAUCCUGUGCGGAACGGGACGUUGUGA